AACAGGUCUGUGUCUUUCUGGCUGCAGACAGCAGAGCGGCAGAGACGCAGAGCGGCUGAUCAUCUUCUGGGAAUAAUGAAUCCAUUACCGGCCGGCCGGAAGAAUUACGUCACACUUUAACGGGAACGGCUGCACGGGGGAAGGAGAUGACAGAGGAACCCGAGCUGAGAAGGCAGAACCACGGCUGGUGAUCUGUGAUGGGCCGCCAUCAGCUCCCGCCUCAGCUCAGGAAGUUAAUGCGGCUGGCGUACGUCAGUCCCGUCCUCACCGUGCUGUCCCUCACCCUGCUGCUGUGGACCUACAGACAGGACUUGGCCUUCCAGUUCUGGACCGGGUACCACCGAGCCGCCAGUGAGUCUCAGAGUCCAGAACAAAAGGUCCCUCAGGGAGAAAAAGUGUCUUUCACUGGGGUCAACGGGACGAAGACGGUGCUGGUGGCAGCGUAUCAGGAGCACCGCGCCACCAAGAAGGAGGUUCGGAUCAUUGCCGUGGUGCUGCGGAGCGAGACGGUCACCUACCGCUGCAUCCUCCGCUGUGAGGACAGACUGAGCGUCUCUGUAGGCACCUGCGAUGUCCACAGCGAUCACUUUGACUUCGCAUAUGGGACGGCAGACAUCAUGUGUCCUCUCCCCUCAGACUGUGCAAGCCCGUCUCACGUGGCUGUUAUCUCUGAUGCACACGUCUCUGAAGAAACACUUGACAAAGAAUUCCUGGAGGUGAAGAACCGGAAGGCGUACGACUCGUUUCCUCUCAACUUCACCGUCUGCCUCUCCACCAUGUUCGACUUCAGCAAUGUGCUGCAGCUGGUCCAGAGUCUGGAGAUGCUGCAGUUACUGGGGGUGGGCAGAGUUGUCGUCUAUCUGACCAGCUGCAGUCCUGAGACGCAGCGUGUUCUGGACUACUACACACAGAAAGGUCUGGUGGAGGUGAUCCCCUGGUCCAUGUCCAGAUAUCUGAACGUGUCUCGAGGCUGGCUGCCCUAUCACGGUCCAGGUGACCUGCACUACUUUGGCCAGAUCCCUGCCCUCAAUGACUGCAUGUACAGAUACAUGUACCGCUCCAGGUACCUGGCCCAGCACGACAUAGACGAGCUCAUCCUGCCCCAGGCAGUCAACAGUUGGACAGAGCUGUUACCUCUACUGGAGGAGGAAUAUGGCGCUGACCGGUGUUACAUGUUUGAGAACAACGUGUUCCCCAUCAGCGUCUCCCGGCCUCCUCCGGCCUCCCAGACUCUGCCCCUGCAGGACUGCUGCCCCGGCUGGCACAACGUGUCUGGGGUCAACAUCCUGGCUCACCUAUACCAAGAACCCAUCAUCACAGAGACUCACUACACCAACUUCAAGCUCAUCGUCAACCCUCGAGUCGUGUUCUCCCCGAGCGUUCACGGCCUGCUGAGCUCGGUGCAGGGCUGCUCCUGGGUCGACAGGAGCAUCGCACGCAUGUACCACACCAGAGGUCCGAAACAAACCGAGCUGACAUCAGAUCAGUUGAUCUAUGACGGCCGCCUGCUGAGCUACAGUAGCAGCCUCAUCCCCAAGGUCAACGCUGCGUUCAGAGAGAGCGGCCUGCUGCCAGAGGACGGCCUGCUGUAGACUCUCCUGUGUGUGUGCGUGUAUGCACUUUGUGACUCUGAUUUUUGGAAGAUGAGGAUAUUCAUUCACCUCUUCAAAGGUCUGAAAAAGCGAAACAUUUUAACAGACAGACAGCAGAGUUGUUUCAGUUGUGCCUCCUUCAGGUUGAAAUCCUCCGUCUGUCCGCACUGACUCUGUCUCUGACUCUGACUCUGACUCUGUCUCUGUCUCUGACUCUGUCUCUGUCUCUGUCUCUGACUCUGUCUCUGUCUCUGUCUCUGUCUCUGACUCUGACUCUGACUCUGACUCGGUCUCUGUCUCUGUCUCUGUCUCUGACUCUGUCUCUGUCUCUGACUCUGUCUCUGUCUCUGUCUCUGACUCUGACUCUGACUCUGUCUCUGUCUCUGUCUCUGACUCUGACUCUGUCUCUGUCUCUGUCUCUGUCUCUGACUCUGUCUCUGUCUCUGUCUCUGACUCUGUCUCUGUCUCUGUCUCUGUCUCUGUCUGUGACUCUGUCUCUGUCUCUGUCUCUGUCUCUGACUCUGACUCGGUCUCUGACUCGGUCUCUGUCUCUGUCUCUGUCUCUGUCUCUGUCUCUGACUCUGUCUCUGUCUCUGUCUCUGACUCUGUCUCUGUCUCUGACUCUCAGGUAAUGUUUAGCUUGUUGGUUGGUCAGAUUGUAAUAAAGCAGAACGUGUGAAACAUGUUUUACUUUUUUUUCACUUUUACAAAUAAAAAAGACAAACUUGAAACCGU